ACACAACAUAUAUGCAUGCAUGACUGUCAGUAACUUCGGAUAAAAAUCAUCUGCUAAAUUGCAUGAUAUUGUUAUAUUAUAAGAGGUUUGACAAAAAAGGGCGGCUUUUUUUUCAGUUGUGGUCAAAAAGACGAAGAUAUUGAUAACUAACCCUGUGUGUGAGCUCUUAUUUUACCACUUCCCCAUCUUCAGGAAGUGUAUUAGGUGACGUAACAAACGCAGGCCCAAUACAUCGCAGUAACACAUCUCACACGAAAGACAUCGUAGUGACUUUCCCUCCAUGAUAAGAUGGUUUUUCUCAACUUCACCGAUUCCUCAAAACUAGUAGCCACAAUGGCAUCACGUUCCCCUCCAAAGGACUGUGGCUUUAAUGAAGAUACCUUAAAUAUGGCUAUAUCAAGUCUCUACUUCCUGUUGUUCAUCCCGGCCCUCAUCAUCAAUGGGGUAGCAGUCUGGGUCUGCAUGCAACUUCGUUCAACGUCCACCUUCAUGGUGUAUCUGAAGAACCUUCUGGCCGCUGACCUUCUCAUGACCCUGACCAUCCCUGUCAAAGCAGCCAAUAUCCUGCCCAGCACUCCACUGACUCUGAAGGCCUUUGCCUGUCGCUACUCUGAUGUUCUUUUUUACCUCUGUAUGUACAUGAGCAUCAUUCUGUUGGGCCUCAUCAGUCUGGACCGCUUCUUCAAGAUCGUCAGGCCCUGUGGCAGGUUGUUGGGUCAGAACCUUGUCUUCGGCAAAGUGCUGGCUGCUUCCAUCUGGGUGGUGCUGUUGUCCACUGCUGUCAUUCCAACCAUGAUCCUGACCAAUCAGGAUCCCACAAACAAGACUAAACUAUUCUGUAUGGCAAUGAAGAGCAAUGCAGGACAAUAUUUCCACAGUGGCGUGGUCAAAUUAAACAACGCAAUCUUCUGGGUGGUGUGUGUUCUUAUUUGUUUCUGCUACAUAUGCAUAGCAAGGAAGGUUUUUCAAUCAUACAGGAAAUCAGGAAGCAGCAAUGACGAAGGGAGGCAUAAGACCAAAGUGCGUGUGUUUUUGGUUCUGGUGGUUUUCCUGACAUGUUUCGGACCCUACCACGCCAUACGGCUCCCCUACACCUUGCUUCAGGUUACCUCAACAACCAGCUGCACUAAGGUUACCUUACAGAUCUCUAAGGAGUUCACCUUGUGGAUGUCAGCCAUGAACGUCUGUCUGGACCCUCUCAUCUACUUCUUCCUGUGUAAGCCCUUCAGGAUCACCCUGUUCAAGACGCUCCGUCUCCCACCUGGGACCUGUAGCUGGCUCACUGGGAGAGGACCCAACACAAUAGAGGAUCAGACCCCAACACAGGAGGGAGACUCCUGUGCCUGUACAGAAAAUUAAAACUCUUUGGAAAUAUCUACUUCAUGUUGUGAGAUGUUCUGUUUGACAGAGUAUAAUACUGGUACCUGGUGGAGGGUUAACUAUCCAAAGAGUUAUACUAGAAAUGAAUCCACCAGGUGUAAAGUACUAUCCUACUCUUUAUAUUAGCAAUGCUACGUUACAGCCUUAUUCUAAAACAGAAUAACUACAUUUUUUCCCUCAUAAAUCUACACACAAUACCCAAUAAUGGAGGGCCGUACAGGCCCCAUUUAACAUCGAUGUGGUUGUAAUGGAGCGAGAUUCUUGGUGUCCACAUCACCAACAAACUGUCAUGGUCCAAACACACCAAGACAGUCAUGAAGAGGGUACUACAACACCUUUUCCCCCUCAGGAGACUGAAAAGAUUUGGCAUGGGUACUCAGAUCCUCAAAAAGUUAUACAGCUGCACCAUCGAGAGCAUCCUGACCGGUUGCGUCACCGCCUGGUAUGGCAACUACCCGGCAUCUGACCGUAAGGCGCUACAGAGGGUAGUAAGUACGGCCCAGUACAUCACUGGGACCAAGCUUCCUGCCAUCCAAGACCUUUAUAAUAAGUGGUGUCAGAGGAAGGCCCUAAAAUGUGUAAAAGACUCCAGUCGCCCAGGUCAUAGACUGUUCUCUCUGUUACCCCACGGCAAGUAGUACCGGAGUGCCAAGUCUAGGUCCAAAAAGGCUCCUUAACAGCUUGUACCCCCAAGCCAUAGCACUGCUGAAUGGCCACCAGGACUAUUUACAUUGAUACCGCCCAUCCUCCAUUUGUUUUUACACUGCUGCUACUCGCUGUUUAUCAUCUAUGCAUAGUCACUUUACCCCUACCUACAUGUACAAAUUAUCUCAACAAACCUCUACCCCCUCACAUUGACUUGAUACCGGAAGCCCCUGUAUAUAGCCUCGUUAUUGCUAUUUUAAUGUGUUACUUUUUAUUUUAUUUUAUAUUUUUUACUUUAGUUUAUUUAGUAAAUGUUUCCUUAACUCUAUUUAUUGAACUGCACUGUUGGUUAGGGCCUGUAAGUAAGCAUGUCACUGUAAGGUCUACCUACACCUGUUGUAUUCGGCGCAUGUGAUAAAUAACAUUUGUUUUGAUUUGAUUUGAUUUAUUUGGAAUGACAAAGCAAAAACAGGAAUGACAAAGCAAAAACAAUUUUGGGGAUUUGUUUGCUAAAAACAGACAUACCUUAUUUACAUAAGAAUUCAGACCCUUUGCUAUGAGACUCUAAAUUGAGCUCAGGUGCAUCCUGUUUCCAUUGAUCAUCCUUGAGAUGUUUCUACAACUUGAUUGGAGUCCACCUGUGGUAAAUUCAACUGAUUGGACAUGAUUUGGAAAGGCACACACCCGUCUAUAUAAGGUCCCACAGUUGACGGUGCAUGUCAGAGCAAAAACCAAGCCAUGAGGUCAAAGGAAUUGUCCGUAGAGCUCCGAGACAGGAUUUUGUAGAGGCACAGAUCUGGGAAAGGGUACCAAAACAUUUCUGCAGCAUUGAAGGUCCCCAAGAACACAGUGGAACCACCAAGACUCUUCCGAGCAGCAGGGACUGGAAGACUAGUCAGGAUAGAGGGAAAGAUGAAUGGAGCAAAGUACAAAGAGAUAUUUGAUGAAAACCUGCUCCAGAGUGUUCAGGACCUCAGACUGGGGCGACGGCUCACCUUCCAACAGGACAACAACCCUAAGCACCCAGCCAAGACAACGCAGGAGUGGCUUCGGGACGAGUCUCUGAAUGUCCUUGAGUGGCCCAGCCAGAACCCCGACUUGAAUCUCAUCUAACAUCUCUGGAGAGACCUGAAAGUAGCUGUGCAGCAACACUCCCCAUCCAACCUGACAGAACUUGAGAGAAUCUGCAGAGAAGAAUGGGAGAAACUCCCCAAAUACAUGCGUGCCAAGCUUGUAGCGUCUUACCCAAGAAGAUUUGAGGCUGUAAUCGCUGUCACAGGUGCUUCAAGUACUGAGUAAAGGGUCUGAAUACUUAUGUAAAUGUAUAUUUCAUGUUUUUCUUUUACCUGUUUUUGCUUUGUCAUUAUGGGGUAUUGUGAUGUCAUUAUGGGGUAUUGUGAUGUCAUUAUGGGGUAUUGUGAUGUCAUUAUGGGGUAUUGUGAAGUCAUUAUGGGGUAUUGUGAAGUCAUGAUGAGGUAUUGUGAUGUCAUUAUGGGGUAUUGUGAUGUCAUUAUGGGGUAUUGUGAUGUCAUUAUGGGGUAUUGUGAAGUCAUUAUGAGGUAUUGUGAAGUCAUUAUGAGGUAUUGUGAUGUCAUUAUGGGGUAUUGUGAUGUCAUUAUGGGGUAUUGUGAAGUCAUUAUGGGGUAUUGUGAAGUCAUUAUGAGGUAUUGUGAUGUCAUUAUGGGGUAUUGUGAAGUCAUUAUGGGGUAUUGUGAUGUCAUUAUGGGGUAUUGUGAAGUCAUUAUGAGGUAUUGUGAAGUCAUUAUGGGGUAUUGUCUAGUCAUUAUGGGGUAUUGUGAUGUCAUUAUGGGGUAUUGUAAAGUCAUUAUGGGGUAUUGUAAAGUCAUUAUGGGGUAUUGUAAAGUCAUUAUGGGGUAUUGUAAAGUCAUUAUGGAGUAUUGUAAAGUCAUUAUGGGGUAUUGUAAAGUCAUUAUGGGGUAUUGUGAUGUCAUUAUGGGGUAUUGUGAAGGUUGAUGAGAGGAAAAAAGUAUUUAAUCAAUUUUAGAAUAAGGUUUUAACGUAACAAAAUGUGGAAAAAGUAUAUUAGUAUAUUGAAAAUGAAUCCACUAGGUGUGAUGUACUACUGAAGUCCACACAUUUACAUUAAGAGGAGAGACAGAAUACAUCUUGUUUUUAUGAUGUUUGUAAAGAUGAUUGCAGUGAUGAUUAUGUUUUUGUUUGCAUAUACUACCAAUGCAUGUUUGGACAGUAGGCCGCAGGGACUAAAUGUGUGCGCAUUAGGCUAACUAUUAGCUUUCUGGUGUUUUCCAUAUUGUAUUACUAUGGUGUGUUUAUGUUUGUUUGUUGAAAUCACAAAAUGAAUUUCCAUGUAAAUGGACAAGUAAAGUAUACUUCAUAUCAUGUACUAUUUAAAUUACAUACCAAAAAAAUGAUUGAAGUGGUUCUAUUAGGUUUCAGAUAUAUUUCUGGUUGUCAGGUUCAUCUACAGUAUGUCAAAACAAGACUCUAUUGUGUACAAUAAUGUUGGGUAAAUGAUACACUGCAUUAGAGAGUCACAAUAACAUUACAACCUGUUCUCGCUGUUGCUUUAGUGUCACCCUAUUUCCCUGGAUUUCCCUGGAUUUGCAUCUGUCUGAACAUGUAGAGCCUUCUUGGGUAAUUCAAGAUGUGAGUCUCAUGUACUGUACACUGGCGUUGUGGCAGAGUUCCACACCACAGUACUGUUCCGUCUGAUCACUGAUUAUCUUCAGGUAGGUGAGCACAUCGUUAGUUCACUUGCCUCUUCUUAUCCUGCUCUGUUUUAUGCAUUGCUUCAUCAAGGUACACUUCAAAUAAAUUAGAAUGGGUUUAUAAGUAUAGUUCAUAAAUGGUUAUUUAUUUGUUUAUUGGUUCUAUAGUAGCUAAAUGUGUAAUAAAGAGUUGUAAAAACAUU